GUCAGUUUUGUCAUGUCGGUAAAAUAAAAUUUGGGUUUGUUUUGAUUCUAAUAAAAAUUAAAAAUUCUGUAAAAACAAUACGCACAAAAUAGGUACAGAAAAAUCAAUUGUUAAUUUUAAUCCAUUUCGAUCACUUAGUACUAACCUUUUCUUUAUUUAGUUUGUGCGCUAUAAAAAAACCGCAAAGUCGGCAUAUUCAUAGGUAUUUAAAAGCAUACAAAAAUCUGUGAUUCAUCUUCUGAACUAGUGACUAACUUGAUCAACGCUCAUUUUAUUUGUUUUAUACUCGUGUGUGGUGAAAUCAACUAUUUUGAAAAUGCAACUAGAACACAGAAUUAUCCAUCUUGACUUAAAGGGCGCUCCAUGGAAGGUUCCAUACUUAGAAAAGGUAUUACUAAGAGCUAAGGCAUGGGGUGCCACAGGAGUGCUGUUUGAAUGGGAGGACACAUUCCCAUACACGGAUGAGUUGGUCACCCUGGGCAGUAUCACUGGGUGUGGGGGCGAUGGAAUGUACACGAUGGAUGAAGUCCAGCAUAUGAUGCAAUUUUGCAAAGAAAAUGGCUUGGAAGUGGUCCAACUUGUCCAGACAAUAGGACACUUAGAGUUUGUACUCAAGCACCCAGCAUUCACACAUCUACGGGAACUACCCGAGUCUGCCACCUCGCUGUGUCCGUCCAAACCACAGUCACUUGCGCUGGUUUGCUCCAUGUUGGACCAAGUGUUGGACGCUCAGCCCAAUGCUAACUACCUACAUAUAGGAGCUGAUGAGGUAUGGCACACAGGAGUGUGCCCAGAUUGCAAGAAAAGAAUGGAAGGGAGUGUCCAUGGUGUGGCCUCGCUUUACUUAGAACACAUACAAAAACUAGCCUUAUUUCUUAAGAUGAAACGUCCAAAUUUGACUAUCUUGAUGUGGGACGACAUGCUGAGGUCAAUGAGUUUGGAUGCAUUGGAGUUCUACAAGCUAGGCGAGCUGGUUCAACCAGUACUAUGGGAUUACAACGUGAGCCAACAUUUCCACAUACGUCCGCGUCUGAUGGAGAUCUAUCGCGUGUUGUUCCCCAAAGUAUGGGCAGCUUCGGCAUUCAAAGGUGCCAGUGGUGAUACCAAGGCGAUCGCGCCUGUCAGCAGGUAUGUCAGCAACCACGUGGCUUGGAUGAAUGAAGUACAAAUGUAUCCUGACAUUAAAUUCGCCGGCAUCAUCCUGACCGGAUGGUCCAGAUACGACCAUUUUAAGACACUUUGUGAAUUGCUGCCCGUGUCGUUGCCGAGUCUGGCCAGCUGUCUGAGGACUGUUACAAAAGUAGACGACAGACCUAUGGAAUCCCUGGUGUCCGACUGGUUGCCGGCGCCGGAGUGGCCGGGCGCGGCGCUGGCGCGCGGCGCGCGGCGCGCGGCUGCGCUCGCGCUGAGGUCUCACCACUUCGUUAUUGAGCAAACGAACGAGGAUCUCGAUCUACAUCCAACUAAUUCCAACGAUUCAUUGAAAAAUACCGACAACACUACAGAAUUACUCAAAGAACUUUAUGCCGUGAAAGAUGAAGUUACAAACUUACUUUCCGAGAUAACGGGAAAAAGAAGCACAGAAGAAUGGGUGCAGUUCAAUAUUAUGCCUUCUAUAAAAAUGCUUACAGAAAUUGAAAACAGAUCGCUUAAUAUAAGUUUGCCUACUACUGAAGAUUCAAAUCAGCUUUAGUACAGAAAAUGUAGACAGAGACAACCAUAAUACAUCGUCAUAUUUUCCUUUUCGCGCUAAUACAUGAAAGAGAAACGUACGCGAUGUACACGAGAAGAAACGGGACAGAGCGAUCAUAUGUUUUGUCCAUCCUGGUGUCUCGGUUUUUACAAGGGCAGCCUACCUAUAUCUGUCUCAUGUGGCUACGCUAUGAUUUUCUUUGUCUUAGAUGGAAAAUUAUAGGUAUUUAUAUUUUGUAUCGACAGAAUUCUAGUGUAUUACUUAUAUGUAAAAAAAAUUACACUGUAUUUCAUUGCUAGCUAUUCUGUGUACAUAAAAGUAAAAUAUAAAGAACUUAUUUAUUCAUGAAUAAAUAUGAUUUAUACAAAA